CUUUCGGUUGAGGAAAUCGAUCAGCAGCAGCAGGUGCUCAGUAUUCACUCUGUCUUCUGGGCGGGUGAUUACCUAUCUCGUGUUCGAAUGUAAGAUAAUAAACCAUUUUAAAGUGCUGAUAUAUACAGCGCUUUUUUUGCGUUUCACUCGUUGCAUAGAAACCCUAUAAACGGUGCUGUUUGCUGACACGGAACAUUGAAAAUCGGCUCACUCUUCGGAUACUCACUACACGUUACAGAUGCAACUUCGUCAUGUGUGUCGGUGUGAGGUGUGACGUCACAACAUGGCGGUUCGAGGAAUUCGUAGUGCGGCGUGGCGCGUCAACGGUGCGACAGUCUGACAGCACCGCCGAAUGCGAGUUUUAAAUUAUUAGAAGACUCAUGGGUUCUCCGGAGAUGGCAGAAUAUUGCGAAUACAUGUGGAGCCCAACUCGGGUCCACACGAAUCUCGCUCUGGCACGCAGCUUGUACUACGAUCGCAACCGACUCGACCCUAAGGAUAAGAAACUGGCCGUGAAGACGGUCAGGGCAAUCCUCAAAGAUACGCCAAAUAUCGAUCUCAAACAAUGCACCGAUGAAUACAUAACGAGAUUUCUACAUGCCCGAAAAUACCGAACAGAACAGGCUGCUGCACUGAUAGUCGCUUAUCAGAAUCAGGUAGCCCAUCGACAGGAUAUUUUUGGAAAUUUGACCGCCCGAGACCCUGCCUUGCAGCGAGCUCUUCGGGCAGGUAUACCUGGCGUCCUUCCUGCUCGAGACAGGAAGGGACGAUGUGUGCUGGUGAUUCUUGCUUCCCAAUGGGAUCCCAUUGCCGUUCCGGCUCUUGCAGUGCAGCGAGCGAUCUUUCUCGUCCUUGAAAUUCUCAUACAAGAUCCUCGGAAUCAGCACUGUGGAUUCGUGGCUGUAGUGGAUUGGGGUGGAUUCUCUUUGCGUCAAGGUGGAGCACUAGGAGCUGCUGCUCUCCGCAAUCUGAUAUCAGCUUUGCGGGGCAGAUUUCCAGCUCGAUUCAAGGCUAUUCAUUUCCUCUCAGCGCCACUCUGUGUCCAGGCAACUUUGGCCAUUGUGAAACCGUUCCUUGAUGAGAAAACGCGAAAUAAGAUUUAUCUGCAUGGAAACAACCUCAGCACUCUCCACGAACACCUUCCAACUGACAUUCUGCCUGCUGAGCUGGGGGGUACAGGCCCUGCAUUCAACCCUGGACUGUGGGCUGAGCCAGUUAUUCAUUCAGCGAUGAAGGAGGCAGAAGUAGCUGCAACUCUUGCCCAAAAGGAGAGGGAGUCGCGAGCUAGGGAUUUGGUGGAACUUAUGCAGGCAAAAGGGCAUAGCAAGGACGAGACAAGGACAAGAGGUACAGCUACCGAGUUGGUGGAAAUUUCAAGUUCGAAACAGUCUGCAAGGAUGGAUAAAAAUAGUGGAGUUGAGUCGUCGUCAACGGAUUGUAUGCAACAAGUUCAAGCACAGCUGCACGAAUGCCCGAACAACGAUGUGAUUAGCGUUAAAGCAAAAGAAUUACCCACAAAUAACUCGGCAAGCGAGUACAGUAAAAUCGGGGUCGGGCCUCAUGAAAGUGACCAAAACCGUCCAAUAAACGUCGUUCGUGACGAAGAUCAGAUCGUCGAAAUCGAUGAUGAGCCGAAAAACGAAGAAGGGAAAAAAGAUAACGAGCUAGAGCAAUUAUCCAGCGUCGAUGUCGAAGUAAAGAAAUAUCGGGAACGUGACAACAUGGAGGACGAAAUUUCGCAUAAUAUAGAAAAAUGUAUUAGGAGCGAAUCUAAUGGCCUUCCAGACGAUAUUGAGUCCUUGGAAUUUCUUUCGGAAACAAACAGCAGCAAUGACUUUGAGAUGGUGCCAAGUCGACCAGAUAGUGAGAACAGCAAGGAUAGUUAUAGUUUCGACCUUGAUCUUCAUGUGGAUAAAAUUGUUGUACGUGACGGUGCCAAGAGUGCGACGUUAUCUGAGGAAGCAACUCUUGUUACGUAGCUCUAAAGUGACGAAGUAUACCCAUGGUCACUUUUAUUAUCGAAAUUUCUACUUCAAGAAAUUUGCGGCAUCAGAAAUACGAAAUCGGGUGUCUAUUUGAAAUGAUGAUCGAUGAAUCCCACAAACUAUCAUUAUUUAAGAGUUCCUAUAUACAUUUGUCUUUUAUCACUCUUUGUUACUGCCGACCUUGAUAACCGAGUUCUGCUGACAUUUCGACUAGGGGGUCAUGGUAGUACCUGUGGGGAUACUGGUGAAAUUUCGAGUCAAAUGAGUUAUGCGAUACCCAGAAAUACCGUAUUGUUCUGAGCAUAAGCCGAUGCCGCAUAUGAAAUGCUCCCCAAUUCUAAGACAGUAUUUCAGGGUAUUUUUCUUAGUUUCCCGUACAUGAAAUGGGUCGCGUAUAAGACGAGGACGAUAUUGGCAGCUGCUGUCAACAGCAAAAAUCCUUCGCUUAUAUUCGAAACAAUAUGGUCAUAUGAUUUGUCUAGUUUGAUAUGUCACGAUUUUAUACACGGUUGACUGCGUUUUGCUAUAGUUGACCUAAAGACAGAUGUCAGGGAAAAUGAUUUAAUUUUUGAAUUCUAACCAACUUAGAAAUACCCAUAUUAUUUAUUUUAAUAUUUAUUUCACCAUGAUUUGACUUACGCUGUUAAAUUCAGGGCUCGAAAUUACUCUGGCGAUAAUUAUUAUCAUACUAUCAUGACUGCUUUUAUACUAAUUAUUCAUUAUUACUGGUAUAAUUUACCUGUGUGGCUUAGUGUUUAUGUUUUUGCGUGACAAAACGUUAACAAAGAAUUUAUUAUCGUUCCUUUUUUGAUAUAAUAAAUAAUUAACAAGGUAAUUGUUUAUUAUCGCCGUAAGUAUUUGCACAAGCUCCUCUUGUUGGUACAUUGACUGAUUGUUGGUUUUUUAUUUAGCGACUACUUUGUCAAUCUCACCACACACUAUAUAAUUUACACAUAAAUACCAAAUUCUAAAAUUACAUAUCUUGCUGACAGGAUGUGAUUAUUCGCAAUGAUUAGGCUUGCUCAAACUACAAUAAUAUCACCAGCGUUGUUUGAUGUGCAAUACUCUUCACACAUAUUUUGUAAUUUAAUUUCAUAUUUCUUAUUACGGUCUCAAAUUUUGACUAUAUGGGAAGAAAUGUUAAAAAAUAUUCCGAUCUCUUAAUGUAUCUAAGUAGUCAUGACGUGUUUCCUUGAUGAUGAAGUAAGACAAAUUAUGAACUGAUGUACAAUAGUUUCCUACCCCUUGGGAAGUUAUAUUUUGUAACGGGUUUCGGCUUAACGAGAUGAGCACCCAGUGUGGAAUGAAAAA